AUGGAGUCCGAGUCCGAGGAAGAGCCGGGUAAUGAGGAUCAGCCGAUCGAGAUCAACUCGGAUACGGAGUCCGAGUCUUCAGGACCCCCGACCCCGACCACGAGUGAUCUGCCUGAAUGUUUUGGGAUCCCGAGGCAUACUAAGUACUCGGCGGUGGAGUACCCUGUAGAAGCCGGGGAGACCUAUGUUAAGCAUACCACAGUGGUGUGGGUAGAUAUGGGCGAGUGGGAUCCCUCAGCUGUUAUUGCUCCUGGUGGUGAGGUCCUGAAUUCCAGAGAUCCCCCGGUAAAACCUAGUCCUGAACCGGAACCCGUACCAGAACCUGUGGCCCCUGCAGAUCCCGAGCUCGAAGAGAAGUUUGAGGAGCCCGAACCCGAAGAAGAGUUUGAGCCCAAGGAGGAGCCUAUGGAAUUCUAG